AUGGGUGGCCAGCCGUCUAAGCUAAUCACUGCAGCGGAGAGCGAGAAGCUCAUACUGGAGCGCCUUCGAAGCUUUAAACUAGAGGAAAGAGAAGAGGAUCGUAUCGAGACCAGUAGCGACGUUGAAAAGACAGAGGGGCGUCAUGAACUGCAACUCGUCCGAGAGCCUGAAGGCUUGCCGGUGGCAUCGCUCGAGGUGUGGAUUGAUUCUGUGGUGAAGGAUCCCAAGAAUAGGCUGGCACACGCUGCCUUGAGCUCGUCUGACCCAAAGCAAACGCUCGCCUCACGAGCAACCAAGAUUGCCAACCAGCACGUCUUCAACGUCCAGAUCCCCUUUGAGGGCGACCCCAUCACCAACCAGCGCUCCAGCGGCCGCUGCUGGCUCUUUGCCUCGACAAACGUCUUCCGCGUGGCGCUCAUGAAGCGCCACAACCUGGCGUCGUUUGAGCUGUCCCAGGCCUACCUCUUCUACUGGGACAAGCUGGAAAAGGCAAACUGGUUCCUCGAGCAGAUUGUGCAGACGGCAAAGGACGACAUUGAGAGCCGCGUCGUGCAGCGGCUGCUGGGCGAUCUCGUCUCGGACGGCGGGCAGUGGGACAUGGUGUACAAUUUGGUCGAGAAGUAUGGGCUUGUUCCGCAGGCGCUGUAUCCGGAUAGCUGGAAUGCCAUGAACUCGAGCACGCUGAACAGUAUUGUCAAGACGAAGCUUCGUGAAUUUGCGCUGAAGCUACGAGAGGUGGUCAAUGGGGAUUCUGUCUCUGCUUCGGUCAUUAGCGGGCUCAAGAUCCAUAUGAUCAAGGAGAUUGCGCUCAUCAUGACUCUCCUGCUUGGACAGCCUCCCAAGCCGACCGAGGAGUUUUCAUGGCAGUUCCUUGACAAGGACGGCAAAGCACAGCAGGUCAAGACCACUCCAAGAGCCUUUGCCAAGGACAUCUACAGCUCCGAAUUCCGCGUCACGUCCGACGCCAUCCAGAGCAUGGUCUCGCUCGUCCACGACCCGCGCCACGAGCCGCUCCGCAAACUCACAGUUUCCCGGCUGGGCAACAUUGUCGGCGGCCGCGACGUCACAUACGUCAACGUGGAAAUGGACACGCUCAAGUCGACGUGCGUCAAGCUGCUCAAGGCAGGCGUGCCCGUCUUCUUCGGCUGCGACGUGGGCAAGUUUAGCGAUCGCACGGCGGGCAUCAUGGACCUGGAGCUGUUUGACUACGAGGCAGGUAUCAACACCAGCCUGCUGGGUAUGAACAAGGCGCAGAGGCUGAUGACGGGCGAGAGCGCCAUGACGCAUGCGAUGGUGCUGACGGCGGUGCAUUUGGAUGAGAAGUCCGGCAGGCCUGUGCGGUGGAGGGUGCAGAAUAGCUGGGGCACGGCGGCGGGUGAGAAGGGGUGGUUUGUGAUGAGCGAUGCGUGGAUGGACGAGUUUGUGUAUCAGGCUGUGGUGGACCCGAGAUAUCUGGGCAAGGAGGUGAGGGAUGUGUUGAAGCAGGAGCCUAUUGUGCUUCCGCUGUGGGAUCCCAUGGGCUCGUUGGCUUAG